GCAGCCUCCCUCCUGCCUGCUCUGUCUCCCUCUCUCUGCAAACUGCUCUGGAGCGAGCGGCUGCUCUCAGAGGCCCCGGGCCCAGGACCCACCCGACGCCCCAGCCUGCCCACGAGCCGCCAGUGCCGGCCGCUCCCCUGUGCAGACACACCACCAUGUGGCCCCUGUGGUGCCUCGCGUCCCUGCUGGCCCUGAGCCAGGCGCUGCCCUUUGAGCAGAAGGGCUUCUGGGACUUCUCCCUGGAUGACGGGCUGCCCAUGAUGAACGACGAGGAGGCUUCCGGAGCCGGCACGACCUCGGGCGCCCCGGACCUGGACUCAUUCACGCCCACCUUCAGUGCCGUGUGUCCCUUCGGCUGCCACUGCCACCUGCGGGUGGUUCAGUGCUCUGACUUGGGUCUGAAGGCUGUGCCCAGGGAGAUCUCGCCUGACACCACGCUGCUGGACCUGCAGAACAACGACAUCUCGGAGCUCCGCCGGGAGGACUUCAAAGGCCUCCAUAGCCUCUAUGCACUGGUCCUGGUGAACAACAAGAUCUCCAGGGUCCACGAGAAGGCCUUCAGCCCCCUGCGGAAGCUGCAGAAGCUGUACAUCUCCAAGAACCACCUGGUGGAGAUCCCGCCCAACCUGCCCAGCUCCCUGGUGGAGCUGCGCAUCCACGACAACCGCAUCCGCAAGGUGCCCAAGGGCGUGUUCAGCGGCCUGCGCAACAUGAACUGCAUCGAGAUGGGCGGGAAUCCCCUGGAGAACAGCGGCUUUGAGCCUGGAGCCUUUGAUGGCCUGAAGCUCAACUACCUGCGCAUCUCAGAGGCCAAGCUCACCGGCAUCCCCAAAGACCUCCCGGAGACGCUGAACGAGCUGCAUCUGGACCACAACAAGAUCCAGGCCAUCGAGCUGGAGGACCUGCUCCGCUACUCCAGGCUUUCCAGGCUGGGCCUGGGCCACAACCAGAUCCGCAUGAUCGAGAAUGGGAGCCUGAGCUUCUUGCCCACGCUGCGGGAGCUGCAUCUGGACAACAACAAACUGUCCAGGGUGCCUGCCGGCCUUCCGGACCUCAAGCUCCUGCAGGUGGUGUAUCUACACAGCAACAACAUCACCAAGGUGGGCGUCAACGACUUCUGCCCCGUGGGCUUUGGGGUGAAGCGGGCCUACUACAAUGGCAUCAGCCUCUUCAACAACCCCGUCCCCUACUGGGAGGUGCAGCCAGCCACCUUCCGCUGCGUCACCGACCGCCUAGCCAUCCAGUUCGGCAACUACAAGAAGUAGAGGUGGCAGAGGCAGCCUGGCCACCCAGGUGGGGCCUCUGGGGGACCAAGUGGGAGUGGAGCCCCAAGUCGAGCCACACCCAGCCCAGCCCCAGCCUCGCUCCCCGACCCCUACUCACUGCCCUGUGACACGCUCUCCCUGGCUCCCAAGUGUGCAGGUGGGUGUCAGGCCCCUCGCGGAGCUGCCCCAGCCCACUCAUCGUGGCCACUCAGAGGCAGCCCCUCAAACCUUUCUUCCCAUUCACCCCAAAACCAAAUUGUCCCAGGCCCCAGCGUGAGGAGCAUGGUCCAUGAGUCUGGGGAGCAGGAGGGGCUGGGACGGACGGAGACAGCAGCCCCCCCACCCCAGCACUCUGUCAUGUCCUGCCAGCCUCCCACCCUCCUUGGCUCGACUUGCUACCCUUGGCCUCCCGUGCGCCUCCCGCCCUCCUGCAGGUUCAUGGCCCCGCCACGCAAGCCACCUGGCUGCACAGAAACGGGCCAGCCCUCUCCCGCCCCUUGCUCUGGUCCUCCCUCUCCCCUCCCACGUCCUAACCCUCAGCCUGGCCUCUGUGCAGCCCCUGCCCAGACAAGCCAGGGGGAGGCAGUUGCCCAGACCUUGGCCCCAAACCCGGAGGGUCCUGGAGGAGUGGCACAGCCUCAGGGGGCCAGGACCUGCACCCGCUCGCCACCUUCUGUGCCACACACCCGACCCUGCGAGGCCGCCCCCGGGAGAGGCGCAGCACCCCCUGAACUCCCAGCAGGGCUUCUCUCGGCCCUCCUCGGCCCCCAUGACUAGGUCCUCCUCCCCUGAGCUCGGGGCCCAGGCAGGGAUCAAGCAGUGACCCUUCAACGGGGGAGCUGCUUCUGAGGCUGUUGCUGUCCUUCAAUUAAAGAAGCGCUGUGCAUGCAGCUGUGUGUGCGUCGGUGUU